CCCGACACGAACUCAACCUCACAACCUAGCACAUAAAGCAAUGAGUGUGCUCAGCUCACUUCUAAAUAUCUUUGCACUAAUUAUUCAACUCCCAUUACUGCUCUUCCACAAACUUGGUAUUGAACAAUACCUGUCAACUUUCCAUCCAAUUUUCAACAAGCCCGACAACAUUUCAACUUCUUCGAGCUUCAGUUUCUACUCAAAUAGUAACCCCUCAUCCACUUCUGUUAUAAAUGACGAAACAGAUCCCCUAGAAAAGCUUCAACAAAAAAUAAUAACCGCAAUAGAUAUUGUUGACAUCGUACAUGCCCAUGGUUACAAAGUACAUGAACACAUUGUACAAACCAAAGAUGGUUACCUCCUUUCCAUUCAUAGAAUCCUUCCACCAUCGGGAGAUAUACCUCAAAGUUCCAAAAUAGUUUACAUGCAUCACGGUUUGCUAACCAACAGUGAGCUAUUUCUACUUGGAGAAAACACUAAUAGAUGUUUACCGUUUCUAUUGGUUAACUUAGGAUAUGACGUUUGGUUAGGAAAUAAUAGAGGAAAUAAAUAUUCUAGAAAGCACCUUAUACUCUCUUCAACUGAUGAAAAGUUUUGGGAUUAUUCUUUAGACGAGUUUGCAAUGUUUGACAUUCCAAACACAAUAGACUACAUCCUACAAAUAACAAAACAACAAAACCUGACCUACAUAGGCUUCAGUCAAGGUUCAGCACAAUGUUUGGCAGCACUUUCACUUAAUCAUGAUCUUAACGAAAAAAUAAACCUUUUCAUAGGCCUUUCCCCAGCUAUGAUACCGCAUGGAUUGAAUAACCCAAUCUGUUCAUUCCUAGUCAGUUCAGCCCCUGCCCUAAUGUAUAGAAUUUUUGGAAAAAGGGCUAUUCUACCUUCAGUUGUUUUCUGGCAAAAAUUAAUGGGUCCAAAAUUCUAUCAAGAGGUUGUUGAUAAAUCUUUAGUUUUCUUGUUCAAUUGGAAAUCUGGAAAUAUUCACCCUUCUCAGAAAAAGGUAGGAUAUCCACAUAUGUUUUCACCGUCUUCAGUGAAAUCUGUUGUACACUGGUUUCAAAUAAUUGACAGCAAAAGAUUUCAAAUGUUUGACGAAGGUGGUGCUUCAGGCUCAAAAUUGGUUUACCUGAGUGGUGCAAGUACAAAAACUAACAGAGUAGCGUCAUUUCCAACCCAAACAAUAACAACACCGUGCUACUUAAUCUACGGAGAAUCUGACAUGCUAAUAGAUAUAGAAAAAACUGUACAAAAUUUAAGCUGCGAUGUAGAAACUCUUGGCUUGAAAGGUUAUGAACACAUGGAUACUCUUUGGUCAACCAAUGUUGAAGAGGCUGUAUUCAACAAAAUCAUAAACAAAUUAAAACAGAUAGAUACCAAAACAGCAUAAAAGAAUCUUUUAUUUUUCAAAAGAAUACCUCCUAUCAGUAUUGCAUGUAACACAUAUUUUUCAAAAAAAACCAAUUACCCGUGUUUCUAAAAUUCUGCAUAUUCCUGCUAUUUUUUAAAAACUCUUUACUAUUACUUCUUAAACUGAGAAAGAAAUAGUUUGUUUUCCUUUAUAUAAAACUAUUGUAAACUAACUUUAAUCUAUACAAAC